ACUUUACUAUUAGCUUUUGGAUUAUUUACGUCUUUUCCUUUGUAUAACCCCGUUCUGGAUAUUCUUAUACCAUUGAACGAAACUCGACCAAAACAAAAUGUAUUUAAUGCCAAUUAUAUCAUCCUAGAUGAGCAAGAACAUUUUUAUAUUUUGUAUGUCCAUUUAGCCUUGUGUUCAUUGAUUAUCGUACUGUCAAUAAUAUCGGUAGACUCGUUAUAUAUUACUAUUAUUUAUCACGCUUGCGGAUUGUUUGCAAUAUGUGGAUCCCAGGUCCAGAAUACUGCAGAAAAUAACACCAUUGAGAAAAAUGGCCCUGACAUAAGCAACAUUGGAUACGAACAGUUCAAACAAUGCAUAAUAAUGCAUUAUAAAUCUCUUCAGUAAUUGUUUUCUUGGACCGACCAGAAGAAGCGUUAAAGGCUACAAUGUAUCUAAUAGCACAAAAUUUUCAUUUGUACGUGAUCAGUUUACCAGGUCAGACACUACUGGAUCAAAGUUUAGAAUUAGCCAAUAAAAUG